AUGUCACGCCUCAGCGCGGCAGGGCUCGGCUGCUGUGUGGCCAGAGAAGUCAACAAGCCCAUGAGGCAGGCAGGUCCCACUGGACCUCAGGAACGGAGGAGGACUGCGACCACGUCUCGAAGCUCCCCAUUUACCAGACCCUGUGACGAGUGCUUCUCGUGGGACUCUGCACGUCACUCUUCUGCCGACAUCGUGCGGGUGCUGGCUGAGGCGGAGGAGGAUGAGGGUGGUCGGGCUGUCUUGGGCGGCAGAGGCGGAGGAGAAACCACACGCCUGGACGCUCUCAUUGUCACCCAGUUGAGAUGCACUUGGGGAUUUUCUAAGAGAAACCGGAGAAGCCGGAGGGCUGCGCAGGCACGGCCCGCAGCGGGGCGACCUGGCUGGAGGGGCCGCGCCUCGGCCUCGCUCCUGCCGCGCCCCGGGGCCCGCGAAGGGCUCCGGCGACAGCAUGUGCGUGGCCCUGUGUCAUCAGACAUUGCGAAAAUUAGACAGCUCAGCUGUCGUCAGUUCGGAACAGUCUCUCAGGCUGACUUUAACUCCUGCCUGGUGGCGCUGGGCGGGGCCACAGGACCGGUUCCUGCGCCCGCCGGUCAGCAGCGGAGACGCUGCAGCGAGACAUUCCCGGGAGACGUCCCAGACCACGACGGCCACCAGGAGCUGAGCUUCUCGCUGGCGGAGGACGGGGCGCCGCACUUCGCCUGCUUGACGGGCCGCCUGACCCAGCAGCGCCUCUUCCGGCCCGCCUGCGACCUGGGCCUGGUGCGGGUGCCCCAGCGCAGCGUCUUCCCGGCGCACACGGGCGCGCGCGCUGCCCAUAGCCAGUUCUUCCACUCGCUCUUCACCCAGAACGAGCAGCUGCGGCGUGUGGAGCUGUCCCUGGAGGCGCUGGCGCCUGGUGGCCUGCAGCAGAUCCUCAGCUUCAUCUACACGCCGGAGCUGCUGGUCAACGCAGCCAGCGCCCACGAGGUGCUCAGUGCCGCCUCCUUGCUGCAGAUGGCCGGCAUCGCCGCGUCCCGCCAGGAACUGCUGGACGCCCGCUCCCUAGGCCCACCAGGUCCUGUGGCCCUGGCCCAGCCGGCUGCCAGCUGCACCCCAGCUGUGCCACCCUACUACUGUGACAUCAAGCAGGAGGCGGACACCCCAGGCCUGCCCAAGAUCUGUGCCCGCGAGGGUCCUGACCCCUACUCAGUGCGCCUGGAGGACGCAGGGACCGCUGGAGGCACAGUGCCUGCCACCAUUGGGCCAGCCCAGCCCUUCUUCAAGGAGGAGAAGGAGGGUGCUGUCGAGGAGGCCGGCAGGCCCCCGGCCAGCUUGUGUAAGCUGGAGGGUGGGGGCGAGUUGGAGGAAGAGCUUGGGGGUUCUGGCACCUACAGCCGCCAGGAGCAGCCCCAGAUCAUUGUGGAGGUGAACCUCAACAACCAGACACUGCACGUGUCCACUGGCCGAGGGGAAGCCAGGCCCUGGGACAAGCCGGCCACCAUGAUGCUGGGCCGGGAGGAUGCGCUGCAGAGACACUCAGAGGAGGAGGAGGAGGAGGAAGAAGAGGAUGAGGAAGAGGAGGAUGGUGGCAGUGGAGGAGAGGAGGAGGAGGAUCAAGAAAGUGGCAGUGAGGGAGAAGAGGAAGAGGAGGAAGAGGAAGGGCACAGUGAGCAGGAGGAAGAGGAAGAAGAGGAGGAGGAGGAAGGGCCCAGUGAGCAGGAUCAAGAGAGCUCUGAGGAGGAGGAAGCAGAGGAGGGGGAAACUGGCAGCAUGCAGGGGCCGCCAGGGCGCCGGGGCAGCCGUGCUGACCCCCCUCCCCACAGUCGCAUGGCCACGCGGUCCCGGGAGAAUGCCUGGCGCCAAGGCACCUCUGAGCCUGAGGAGGCUGGGCCACGUAGUGGGAAGCGACCCAAGCUGUCCCCCAGAGUGGCCUCUGCACCAGCCCGAGGGCCUCCAGCCACUGAUGGGCGGGGGGCCAACGUGAGGCUGGAGGAGAAGCAGCACCACCCGUGCCAGAAGUGCCCACGAGUUUUCAACAACCGCUGGUACCUGGAGAAACACAUGAAUGUGACCCACAGCCACAUGCAGAUCUGUGACCAGUGCGGCAAGCGCUUCCUGCUAGAGAGUGAGCGGCUGCUGCAGCGGCAGACGGACUGCGAGCGCAUCAUCCAGUGUGUGACGUGUGGCAAAGCUUUCAAGAAGCUCUGGUCCCUCCAUGAGCACAAGAAGAUUGUGCAUGGGUACGCAGAGAAGAAGUUCUCAUGUGAGAUCUGUGAGUUCUAUACAAUGGCCCACGUUUCGCACAUGGUUGCCCACACCAAGGACAUGCCCUCCACCUGUGAAGCCUGCGGGAAGUCCUUCAAGCGCAGCAUGUCCCUCGAGGUGCACUCACUGCAGCGCUCUGGGGAGAAGCCAUUCAGAUGUGACAACUGCAACUAGCGUUUCCAGUACAAGUACCAGCUGCCGUCACACAUGAGCAUCCACACUGGCCACAAGCAGCUCCUGUGCCAGUGGUGUGGCCAGGACUUCAACAUGAAGCAGUGCUUUGAUGAGCACACGAAGACCCACACAGGGGAGAGGCCGGACAUCUGCGACAUCUGCGGCAGGAGCUUCCCCAGCCCGCCCAGCGUGAAGCGGCGCCGGCGCGCACACGGGGAGAAGCCGGAGCCUUGCGACGUGUGCGGCCCGCGCUGCCGCUGCCCCGACGUGCUCGAGGCCCACAAGGAGAAAUGCUUCCUUGUCAGCCGCCCGCGGGCCGGCGACCGCCCGCCCGGCCCGGGCCUGCCCCCCGCCCAGCCUCAGGCCGCGCUGCCCCUGCUCCCCGGGCUCCCCCAGACCCCGCCUCCCCGCCGCCCCUCGUCCCCACCGCUGCCGGCACUGGCGGGGCAUGAACGCCACCAACUAGCUGCCGAGCUACACCUGCUGCGACCUGGAGCCCAGGGCCCGCUCCGGGGGGGACCCCGCUGCCCUCCCCCCUUGCUGGGGGGCAGCAGCUCGGGCCUGGGCCGCCGCCCCCUCCUCCAGAGGUGGCUGGAUGUGCUCCGCCUGAGACCCCGACCCGGGGGGCGCGGGCCGGCAGCCCCCAGAGCCGGUGGAGGACGCCUCCCUCGCAAGUGCCCCCCUUCUGCGGCUCCCUGA